AUGGCUGGCUUCCUGGAACCAGAUUCACAUGCACCAGCCCCGAGCGAGUAUGACUCCGCAUCCUCCCCCUUGCCUCGCUACACUUCCCCACUAAACCCAAACCCAAACCCAAACCACCUCAACAACCGCACCACCCACCGCCAACCACCCCACCCUGAACAGUACCAGCAGCAGCACUACCCACACCAGCAACAACAGUACCAGCAGCCACCAGCCAACCGGCCCUACAACAGCAACAGCAUGCACCACCACUACCAGCCCCAUCCACUCAGCAACCCCACCUACCUCGACUCCUCCCCAACGCUCUCAACUGAGCCCCAGACCCUCUCCGGAUCCACCCCACACACCCCGUCAGCCCAGUCGCUCGAGAAGUCUGCCUCGCCCAUCAACGACCCCCACCACCACCAAAGCAACCUCUACCAACAGGCACCCACCUCGGCCUCCCCCGAGCUCAACCUCUCCUCCUCCAGGCCCUCCUCCUUCAUCGCCCGCCGCGAGAUCGUCCACCACUCCCCCCUCGCUAAGAUCCAUCGCGCCUGGACCGGCGCCGCUAUCGGCGACUCCGGCAUCGACGACCGCCAUGUCAAGAAGAAACGCCUCGGCUACCUUGACGGCCUCAAGUUCUUUGCCGCCCUCAUCGUCAUGAACGGCACCCUCUUCGAUGCCGUGCUGACGGAGAACGACUACAAGCCUCUCCAACGAGGCUCGCCCCUCUACAUCUUCCGAUCUACCAACCUCGGCGUCUCGAUGAUGUUGUUGCUCUCCGGCCGAUGUCUGAUUGCCCCGCUCUGGGACGCCCCGACGCCGCACGCCAAGCUGCUGAUGAAGAACCAGGACCCGAACAAGCCUCUGAUCUCGUGGCCCCGUCUGACCCGAGCCAUGCUCAUCAGGCCCUUCCGCUUCCUGCUCCCGGUCCUGGCGGUCGCCGCGCUCCAGUGGGGCCUUGCCUCUGGGGGCGACGGCCGCGCCACUCGCAACUGCAACAACGCCGGGAUGACCGAGCCCUACUGGGCCAACAUCGACCGCUUCGCAGGCUUCAUGACCCUCUUCUUCGACCUGUUCACCUACUUCGAGGUCGAUACGAUCGCCGGAAAAGCCUUCGGUGCCAACUUGUGGACGGUCCCAUGGCUGUUCCAGUCCAGCUAUGCGGUCUAUGUCACCCACUUCAUGCUCGGCAACUUGCCCUCGAACCGAUACUGGGUCUACGGCAUCCUCAUGGCUUUCAGCUGGACCAGUUUGAACUACUUCGCUUUGCCGAUCACGGGGCUGCUUAUUGCCGACAUGGCCGCCCAUGGCCACAUCGCCAAGCUACGCAAGAUGCCGAUGGUGAGCCGGAUCGGGAUGCGACUGGGACUACUAGCGCUAGCGCUAGCCACCCAAUGGGUUCCGACGUCGGAGAUCGGCCAACUGAUCCUCUCGAACAUCGUCUUCCGGGUGCUCGGGAAGCUCUCGGCGGGGAUCUAUCUGCUUGCGCCAGCGAUCGUGUUCACGAUCGUGCCGACGAUGGCCUUGCGAUUACACGACGCCCAGACCUCGUCGGCCGCCGGCGUCCUCGGCAUCUCCUGGUGUCUGCUCGUCGCCGCCUGCUUCGGAUUCGCUAUCCCCUUCUACCUCCUGGUCGAGUGUCCCUCCAAGCUCCUCGGCGAGCUCGUCGUCAACAACAUCGAGAAACUCGGCGUCGACCCCGAAUUGGCCAAGCGUGAUGCCGAGGACCUCAAGGCUUUGUUGGCCGGUGCCAAGUAA